AGGAAGGUAUGGCUGCCACCAAUAGCAAAGAAUAGAAUAUGCGACAAAUGAGAGUCUAGAUUCAUGCUCUUUUGUCUUUUUCUGUUCCACCUUCUCCUUAUUUAUUCCGAAUACUAAAUUUUUAGUUUUAUUCAAAAGACAUUCAAAUUGUUUUCUUUAGGUUUUUGUUUCUCCCACUUUCACGCUCCAUUCUUAAUUCCUCCGAAAACUCUUCCAUUUCUUCCGAUCUUCAAAAUGCAGGCUACCCUUUUACCUCUAACCCCUUCUCUCUCUCUCUACAAAUCUCAAUCCUCUCUCUCUUCAUCUUCUUCUUCUUCUUCUUCCAUUUUCAACCCUUCUUUCUCUUCCUCUUCUUUCCCAUCAUCAUGGAAAUUACCUCUUGUUUCUUCUUCUUCUUCUUCAAAACUAAUCUCCUUGACACCCCUUCAUUCAUCCAACCAUUUACAAACCAAAGCAACAACCACCGCAGCCGCCGACUCCUCCUCCGAAAGCAGCAGUCUAUUCAAAGCUUUAGAGCUUGGGAUUCUUUUUUGCCUAUGGUUCUCCUUUAACAUCUACUUUAAUAUCUACAACAAACAGGUCUUAAAGGUUUAUCAUUUACCUGUAACUCUAACUGCGGUUCAAUUUGCUAUUGGGACACUCCUUGUAGGAUUCAUGUGGGGUCUUAAUCUUUAUAAAAGGCCAAAACUUACUUCUUCACAGCUUUUAGCAAUAUUUCCAUUGGCUUUGGUACAUACAUUAGGGAACCUUUUCACUAAUAUGAGUCUUGGAAAAGUUGCUGUCUCUUUUACACAUACUGUUAAAUCAAUGGAGCCUUUCUUUUCUGUCCUUCUGUCUUCUAUGUUCCUUGGAGAGAUGCCUACAGCAUGGGUGGUUUUUUCCCUUGUGCCUAUUGCUGGUGGAGUGGCGCUGGCAUCUGCUACGGAAGCCUCUUUCAAUUGGGUUGGGUUUUUGAGUGCAAUGGCUUCCAAUUUGACGAAUCAAUCUCGUAAUGUUCUUAGCAAAAAACUCAUGGUUAACAAGGAGGAAUCUGUGGACAACAUAACACUCUUCUCAAUAAUAACAGUCAUGUCAUUCUUCCUAUCAUUACCUCUAGCUAUCUUCAUGGAGGGUGUCAAAUUUACCCCCACUUACAUUCAAUCUGCAGGAUUAGAUGUUCAACAAGUGUACAUAAGAUCUCUUCUUGCCGCACUUUGUUUCCACGCGUACCAGCAAGUUGCUUAUAUGAUACUGGAGAGGGUAUCACCUGUUACACAUUCAGUAGCAAACUGUUUGAAACGUGUGAUAGUUAUUGUAAGCUCUGUCAUUUUUUUCCAAACACCAGUCUCACCAAUUAAUGCAUUAGGAACUGGUAUAGCUCUUUCUGGUGUUUUCCUAUAUUCCAGGGUGACGCGAAUUAAGCCUAAGACAGAUUAAUUUUACAGAAGCAAAAUUUUGGUAGCAGCAGCAUGAUAACAAACACAACAGUUUGUUACAAAAUUUCUUUAGAGGUUUGAGUGGUGCAUAAUGGUUCUACUCAGUGAAUAAUUUAUCAUCAUUUACUUUUUUUAAUUACAUUUCACACCCAGUUUUGUUGUUAAGAAAUGUACAAAAUAGUAGUUGAAAGGCCUCCAAGUUGAGAAUUUCUCACUAAACAUUAAGAUCGUUUUCAAAACUUUUAAUCUAACUUUAAUUAAUCCUACUUUUUGUUUGUUAUACUUUAAUAA